AUGCUUCUAGUAGCAAGCUUGGUUCUGCUGCCAUCGUUUUUGGCUGCUUCUGAUCAACAGCCUGCUCCCGAUCAAGAACCGUCGGAUCUCUUAGGAGCUUGUAGCGUAGAGAAGGGCAACUGUAAACCUGAACCAUACGAUGAAUUUUGGGAUCCAGUCAUGGUAGCGCUGAGAAAUUUCUUGGAAAAACCCGACUUAUGUUUCUCUUGUGACUUGGGGAAGGGUGCGCAGGAGUUAGCAGAGGAUGCGGAAGUCGUCGGUUACGAAGAAAACCCAAGACUCGAGUUUUCACUGUACUAUUAUUCUGGAGGAAGCGAGAGUGUGAAACCUGAGAGUGUGAUUACAGGACUAAAUAUGUCUAGCGGCAAUCAAGAAGUAAUCUCAAAGGUCAGUUAA